AGUCACAACGACCUAUCAGCAGAACAUAAUAGAUUUAUUUAACAACGGUAAACAUUGAAUGGUAAUUACAUAUUGAGUCCUAUUUUUUCCUACAGAGAAAUUGAAAUUGGUGGUAUUGCAGAAGCCAGCAGCUGAAGGGAAAGAUGUACGUCUGCGAACUGAUGAUUACUACAAAGAGAACUUCAUCAACGUAAUAACCCAUUCUAAGGUCACCGGAUUAGACCUUUCUCACCGCAAGGUGGAACUUUGGACUGGUGACACAAUGCAAUACACUAAACUGGUGUUGGCUUUAGGAGGAGAACCGAGAAAACUAUCUUGUCCCGGAGCAGAUCUUAAGGUUGAGUCAAGCUUACCCUCACUUCUAAGAGCAGCCUUCUCGGCGUUAUAA